AUGGAAAAAGUUUUAAGUUAUGAUUAGAUAGUUUCACAUCUAGUAGAAUUUUGUCAUAAAAGUUAAGAUGAGGAAAUCAAACAGAUUGAAGCCACUAAGAUAUUAAACUAGAUGAGCAUGAAGAACGGACAUUAGGAAUUUAAUUAUGAAAUUGCGGUUGAAUUGUUUGAAAGGGUUGCUUCUUACAAUACAUCCUUAACAAUUUAGACUUUAGCUAAUGUAAUCUAUGAAGCCAAUGACAUCAUAAUAAAUAAAUACAAUCAUGCGAUGAACAGGGAAAUGUAUAUGGAAGAAUAAAAAGCAUAUCUAAAACACAUCAAACCUUACGGGAAUACAACGAACCUUCACAUUCGCUCUGUGAAAAUAUAAGAAGCCUAUGUACAUAGACCAUAUAUCGUUGUUCUUAUAGGAGAAUUCAUACACGAGAGUGAAAUACAGACAAGGAAGGACGGAUGGUUUGAAUGGAGUUUGGAUGUACAAAUUCCAGUGAAAUCUCUUGUGACAGAUUUAAAAGUUGAAUUACUCGAAGAUCACAACAUUAUCGCAAGUUUACAAAUACCUUGUGAAGCAUUGCCUAUGAAUGAAAUGAAGGAAGCUGAAUUGCAAAUGUAAAAUGCUAACUGUCACACAUUAAUUCAAUUGCAAUGUAUGUUGAAUAUUGGUAACAAUUAUAAGGAGUUGAUCGAUGAGAAAAUGCAGUUUCUAGAUAAUCAAACUUAAAUUUGUUAAGAAGAACUAUUCCUGCUUUAAUCUUAAUUACAUGAAUUAAGCAAGCCCUUCUUCAGAGAUGCCAACAUCCAACCAAAGUAAAUCGGCUAUUCCAAUAAGUCUCAUCUAAACACUGAAAUAUUUUAGAAUAUCCCUGAUAAAAGCACUCUUUAACCACCAUCCCUUCAAGCCACAGCCUUCAGAAACACUUCCUCCGCUCUUGGAUUCAAAAAGAUCAUCAUUGAACCAGAACGGAAAUUUCACUCCUAUCCUAUUAUGGCUAGAAUCGAUCUCUUAGCAACAUUAAUAGCAAUAAUUUCAAUGAUGAUUAAUUUCUUUACUCCUGACAUUAGUAUUACUUUUAUCAUGGUUAUCCUUUUUUCAAUAAUGCUUAAACACAAAUACACAUUGAUUUAUAUACUGAUUUUAGUGACUUUUGGGAUCCUCAUUGAAAUUUUUACUCUUAGCUAUUUAGAUCUUAGCAUAUUUGCAAUUUUAUUAAUAUUGUUGAAUAUGCUACUAAAUUUUGGAUUGCUUCUCCUUACAGGAUUGCUCUUAAAUGAUGUUGAAAAUGUGUCGAGACUUAAAUCCAAGCUUUUACUACCUUUGUGA